AUGAGCGCCGCAAUUGCGCAACCGUAUGACAUGUCACGAAUUGGACUAAUCAAGCGUCGUAAGAUUUAUGCCACCUCGGAGGAGCGCAAGCAGCGCAAUAGACAAGCACAGGCGGCCUUCCGCGAGCGACGAACCGAGUACAUCAAGCAGCUGGAGAGCACGAUCAAGCACCAUGAAGAGACGCUGCAGAAUCUGCAGAACAGUCACCGCAACGCCGCUGACGAAUGUCUUAUGCUCCGGUAUAAGAACUCUCUACUGGAGAGAGUCUUACUAGAGAAAGGCAUCGACGUCCAGGCUGAGUUGCGCGCGAAGACUGGCAGUCCAAACCUAGGCCCCAUCAGGCCUGCGGUCUCUGCACACACGUCUCCGAAUCAGCCACCGCUUCAGCAACGUGCUAUCUUGAAUAGACAGCAACAGAGGCGAUCGUUGCAGGGACCAUCGAAGGCUGAUGGUACCAAUGGCUUGCCUAUGAUACAACCGGAUGGGCCUAUCCAACGAUCACCACUAUCGCAGCCUACACCAGGCUCCCACUUGUCCUCGCCCGCUGUAUCAGCUGCGCGCUCGCCCAACUUCAUGCCUCAAGGUCAUUCUGUGUCUCCCAAUUUUGGGCCUAUCCCGCCCCAGCAGCAGCAAUUACGCCCGCAGCCACCUAGAUCCCAGUUCAAUCCCAUGAUGACAGGCCCACAACGGUCAAUCACAAAUCAAGGGCCUCCCAAUGGCGUACAGGGAGCAUCAACUGUUGGUGCUAAUACAAAUGGAAUAACUCAGAGCAGCGGUCCCUCUUCCUUCUACCAGUCUCAAUACUCGGACCACAUGAACCAACUAGGCAAGCUGACCCCUAAAUUUCCUUGCCCACACGUAGAGCAGGAGUACGAUGAGCAAGCAGACAAUUACGACCACGAGGAACCAAGCGAUCAGCCGGCCGGCCCCGGACCCUUCCCGCACCACAGCUUCCCGCCGUCGAACAGCAUGCCACCACCCAUGCCGCCUGCGCAAAACCCACCAUUCGCAAGCCCAGCCACGCUGGCACCGAACGAUGGCACCCAGCCAUUCAACAACAACAACAUGAACCACCUCUUCGACCCCUACGAUCCGAUGCUGGACGCAGAUCCAUUCGGGCUCUCUGCUAGCAUGCACUUCCCCACCAUGUAUGAAUCGAGAUGA